GGGAUGCGCAUGCGCAGAAGAUGUGGCACUCUGCGUAGGGGUUGAGCAACUGCCUGUGUUGGGUCGGCCGGGCCUCUUGGUUGUCGGGAUGGACGAGGAUAUUUUGACCACGCUCAAGAUCCUCAUCAUCGGGGAGAGCGGCGUCGGCAAGUCCAGCCUUCUGUUACGCUUUACAGAUGAUACGUUUGAUCCAGAACUUGCAGCAACAAUUGGUGUUGACUUCAAAGUGAAAACAAUCUCAGUUGAUGGGAAUAAGGCUAAGCUAGCAAUCUGGGACACUGCAGGUCAGGAACGGUUCAGAACGCUAACACCCAGCUAUUACAGAGGAGCUCAGGGUGUUAUAUUAGUUUAUGAUGUCACAAGAAGAGACACUUUUGCUAAACUAGACAACUGGCUAACGGAGUUGGAAACGUACUGCACAAGAAAUGAUAUAGUUAAAAUGUUAGUUGGGAACAAAAUUGAUAAGGAAAACAGGGAAGUUGACAGAAACGAGGGUCUCAAGUUUGCCCGAAAACAUUCCAUGUUGUUCAUAGAGGCAAGUGCAAAAACAUGCGAUGGUGUACAGUGUGCCUUUGAAGAACUUGUUGAGAAAAUCAUUCAGACGCCUGGACUGUGGGAAAGUGAGAACCAAAACCGAGGUGUAAAGUUGUCAAAUGAUGAAGAGGGCUAUAGAGGUGGCUGUGGUGGCUACUGUUCUGUGGUAUAAACUCUGGAAGACUUGUCCUUUUGCGUAUUUAAAUGGAUAGUGAUGUCCUCUGUACAUAAACUCAUAUCGGCUAUUUUAGGGACCUUGCAGUUUGCACAUAUUUGUGUAUCAUGGCAGUGGACAUUUUUCUAGGAAAAUGUGUUCUGCAGCUUUUCCAGUUGAGAAGUGUUAUGGUAAGCAUGCCUAAUUUGCAACUUUUUUUCUAUGUAGCAUCAGAUAACUUGUUACAGAAACAAAUGCACUCAAAUUUAAUACACUUUAUCAUGGAACUUUCUGGGAAACUAUUUCAAAUACAUGUUGGCUUCAUCCUGUCUGACUCUGGUUAUUAACUCAAACUACAGCACUACACGAGACAUACAAAACUCAAAUGAUGCAAAUGGAUACAUGUAACAUCUGCGCAUUUUAUUGGCAAAUGUUUUUUCUUACCAGUUUAACAGCAUGACCAUACAAUUCCUUUUUAGCUAUAAGCAACAUCUUUUCUAGCUUGUAACUCAUCCCAGUUAAACUCUUCCGUCUUGGAAGAAGCGCUUCUAAAAUUACGUGUGGGUAUGGGUGGGUGGAUGAUUUUUUUUAAAAAUUGUCACUUCAGUGAAUUAUCUGUCCAAUUGGAGUUUUAACCCUAAGAGAUUUAGAAUGGUGUUCUUGCACCACAGCUUUUAUGUUGUAGUGUACUGUGGACCUGCAGGAUAAUUCCCCCCCCUGCCCCCCUGCCCCCGGUUACUGGCUUAGUGGGGUCUCAUUAUGAAUCACUUCGCCAAACUUUGAUGAAUGCUUCUAAAUGUUAGUAUUGUAAUUUGGUUUCAAUAACUCAAAACUGUUUUAUCUCUGCGGCUGUGAGGCCUGCUCUAUUUGUGGCUAUUGGUUCUGAAGCUUCGAUAACGUUAAAACUGUGUCUUCGGGGUGUGUCUGUGUAAGGAAUGUGCUAUUUUGCUGGAGUUUGCUGUAACAAAAUGGCCAAUGGCUUGCUUGUUUCAGAGAACUUAUAUAGACUAAUAAAUUUUUCCACAGUAUUCAAUUUUUUCUAACAUCUCCCUCGUGUACAGGUGAAUUUUGUAAGAAACAACUCGAGAAUUCUUGCACCGAUGGUUCUGUAACAGACAACAUUAAUGGCUUCAGAAUACUACAGGGCAUCUAAUCUAUUUAGCAGUAUGAGCUACUCUGCAAUUUCCUGUAAAUAUAUAAAUUGAAAUAACUUUAUAAUGCUGUUGUUUUUCUACACUCAGUGCUGCAUACUAUCAUUGGUCUUUUGCAAGUAUAUUGGCUGUUGCCACUUAAAAUCACUCCUUUCAACCUUUGCACUUGUUAGGAAACGUAACCAGAUUUUUGAAAGUUAUUCUAUAAGCAGACAUUGUAAGUAAAAUAAUUCUGUAAAUGUUCACACACUUUACACUACUCAAAAUUUUUAGUUGUCUAUUGCCAUUUUAACUGGCAGCACAUUUGCUAAACAGGUUAGGCCGUGUAUCUCUUGAAUGCAUCCUGAAGAUAGGACAGGAUCAAAUUUUAUUGCAGAGAAGUGUGUUUUUAACAUUCGAAUAAAGAUUGUGAAGCAGGAACAUCUGCCAUCUUUUUUUGUUUUUUAA